AUGAUCUACGCAGUGUACAUUAUAUCGAAAUCGGGUUCCUUGCUUUACCAUAAAUGCAACCUUAAUAACACACCAAACACUUUGGCUUCAUUGGACUCAAAUGACCACCUUGUCAUGGCGUCCAAUUUGCACAGCAUUCAUGCAAUUGCCUCUAAAUUGGCUAGAACUUCCCAGGCUCCUCCAAACGCUUCGAUACCGUCCUCGCUCCCCGGUAAUAGGUCUGGCUUGAAGAGAGUCAGAACAGAUCUCUUUGACAUUAUACUCCACCAAACAGUGACAGGACUCAAGAUUGUUUUGGUGGUCUCCAAAAAUAAUCAGGACAACCUUGGACAUGGCCCUAAUGUCUCCAUUGACACGGCAAACAACUAUAACUACAACACUAUCGAUACUGACGAUUACGCCCCUCAAAUAAAAAAAAUAUACUCCCUUUACAGUGACUACGUUCUGAAAAACCCCUUUUACUUGCUCGACAUGCCAAUCAGAAUACCCAUGUUCGAUACCAGCAUCGACUCCAUUUGGUAG